UGUUGCUGCUGCGAUGCUUUGAUUCUUGCAGCAGGGACACUGGACUUCGACUCGUUCAUGAGCCAGGAUAGCAGCAUCACGGACGCCCCGACUAGUGAGCGCCAUGGAGGAGACUUCAUCGCAGGCAGCGGCGGCAGAGGCCAUUCACAUGCUGUACACAUCGAGGGCAACGUACAGCUACGUGCUCAAGGUGGAGGAAAUCAAUGCAGGCGGUGCUGUGCGGCAAGAGUUCAGAAUUCCCGGUUCCAGUUCGCUCAAGCAGCUAGUCAUCACGGGUGCGCGGCGGCGUCUGCUGAGGACGACGAUGCCGGCGCAGCAGUUUCCGACUGGUCGAGCAACGACAGCGGCGACAGCUUUGAUAGCUUUAGCAGCGUGGACAGCAGCAGUAGCGGCAGUACCAGCAGCAGCAAUAGCGGCAGCAGAGGAGCGGGAGACGAUGACGGGCACGAUUCCGUUUUCGAUUCCGGCUACAGCCACCAGCGGCAGCACUCGCGGGAAUGCCAGGCGGAGGAUGACCGGCACACACAGGCAUGCCAGGUGGAGGACGGUGACUUCAGCAAUGCCUCGCUGACGUGGCCACGACCGUCGUCAGACACCUGUACCAGCCUGGGCGACAGUGUGCCGGAUCGCGGCACACCACUCGGCUAUACAGCCUGUAACGAACACUUCAUCCUGUCAGAUAACAGCCGAAAAGUGAACGUCGACCCUGCGAGCAACAGCCACAUAACCAAUGCCUCUACAAAAAGCAGUCACACAGUCACCGUCCCUAUCAGCAACGACCAGCAUGCCCAGCUGCUGCACGUGCACCAAAACGGCCACCGAGAGCCACGCACCAAAUCCCCAGCUUCAGCCCGGCUAGCUUCAUCACAACAGGCCUGCGCAAGGAGAACGACAGCUCAGCAGUCCGUCCACAACCAUUUGGAUCCUCGGCAGCAGUGUGCUUCAAAGCCGAGCGCAAAGACUGCGGGAAGUCCCGAGCGGAACGGAAAUAGCCUUCCGCCCACCAAGCCUCCGCAAAAAAUACCGCGUCACGUGUGCAACGCGGUGCCGACCGACCGCCACCUGAUGCAGCUGGCCAAGUACGUGGGCGCCGACUGGCACGACCUGGCCGCGGUUCUGGACAUCCCGCAGUACCGCAUCGCCGCCAUAGAGAUCGACCACCGCACGGCCGAGGCGUGCGCGAGGGACGUGCUGAUGAGCUGGCGGCGGCGCGUCGGCAUCUUCGUGCCCAACCGCACGCUUAUCAAGAGCAUGCUGGAGUGCGCGGAGCUGGUGAGCGCCGUCGGGCACUACACGAACUACAUCAAUGAAAUGCUCGGAGAAGAAAGGCGUAGGCGGACCUGCUAGAAUCAAGAGAUUUGAUUUUUUUAAGUACGCUGAUCAAGAGCAUGCUGAAGUGUGACGAGCUGCUGAGCGCCGUCGGGCACUACGCGAAUUACGUCAGCGAAAGGCUCAGAGGCUGAGGAUGAGCUGCUGGAAAUCAUUCGGACGCAAGACGGUGAUCACAUCAAUUUCAAACGAGAUUCAGUAAUCACAUCACUUAAUCCCCCCCCCCCAAAGGAAAUCUAAAAUCACCCACUACCGUGCAAGGGAAAUAUUAUUUUCUCUGAAGCAGCGAUUACAGCAAUUUCAUAAGAGACUCAGUAGUUACGUUAGUAAAACGCUCAGACACCGAGUCUGGCCUGCAUGAUGUAAAUGAACAGUUUACGGAGUUGUUGCUGCUGUUGAUUUUGCUACUCUUUCGUUUUCCCUCCCUUUACUUCUAUUUAUCGCCGUGGUUGGCAAUCACGCACCCUCUUAACAUUGGCCGGUGUUUCCACCGAGUCUUGAGAUGUAACAACAUCUAAAUAAAAUACACAUUCAUCCGCUGCCAUAUCAUGCUUUUCUCUCUCAAACUGAUACGACUUGAUACAACUUGAAAAUUCAUCAUUGCUAAUCACGUGAUUGUGCUAUAUCUGAUGUUGAACUGACAU